UAAAUCCUUCGCCCAUUGACCCACCCACCCGCCUACCCGCGGCCGCCGCUCGCCGUGACUGAUCCUCCCUCCGAUCUCCUUCGAAUUCUUUCCCGUUUAAGAAGAGAGAGAGAAAUUAUUGUUGACAGCCAUGGAUUCGAGUACCCAAUCAGAAUCUCCGGAGGAAGAAGUAAGGUCCUUUUUUGAUUCUGCUCCGCAUCUCAAGAAUAGUGAUCUUAUCACGCAGAGGUUAAAAGAUUUUGUUGAUAAGAAUUCUCAUGCUUCGGAAAAUGGAAAGCCAAGAAGGAUUGUCUGUGUUACUUCUGGAGGUACUACUGUUCCAUUAGAACAACGAUGUGUUCGCUACAUUGAUAAUUUUAGCUCAGGACACAGAGGAGCAGCGUCCACAGAGUAUUUUGUGAGGGCUGGGUAUGCUGUUAUAUUUCUCUAUCGGAGGGGUAGUUGUCAACCGUACUGUACAUAUCUUCCGGAAGAUUCAUUCCUCGAUUUUUUUGAGCUAUCAGAGGACUCAACAAUCCAAGUUCGCCAGUCUCAUUCUGCAGUGGUUAAGAAGUCAAUCCGAGACUAUCAUGCGGCAGUGGACCAUGGUUUUUUGCUGGAAUUGCCAUUCACCACUAUAUUCGAAUAUCUUCAGAUACUACAGAUGGUGGCUACAUCAAUAAGUCAUUUUGGAUCUCACGGGAUGUUCUAUCUUGCUGCUGCAGUAUCCGACUUUUAUGUCCCGUGGAAUGACAUGGCAGAACACAAAAUCCAGUCAGCAUCUGGUCCCCUCGACAUGCGACUGACCCAAGUGCCAAAGAUGCUCUCGGUUCUCAGGAAAGAAUGGGCUCCCUCAGCAUUCUGCGUAUCUUUCAAGUUGGAAACGGAUCCAGAUAUCUUGCUUAAGAAAGCUGAUGCGGCGUUGAACAAGUACCAGAUGCAUGUUGUCGUGGCAAACUUGCUUGCUACGUACAAGCAAGAAGUUGUAGCUGUAACAAAGAGUCAGAGGACUACAAUUCGCAAGCAUAGCCAGGAGGCCCAUGUUGAAGAACAAAUCAUAGAGCUUCUUGUAGAGAAACACGCUGAUUAUUUGGAACAGCCUUGAAUGGGUUCCCCGUCUACAGUUAAACGAUGCUAUCUCGUAUGCGAUACUUCUCUACAGUGAAAGUAAAUUUCUUUAUUUUCGAUUGUAUUUAUUAUACAUGAUUUGUAACAUGUCAACUUACUUGCAAAUGAAUAAGUUUAGCUUUCGGGGUUCCUUGAACUUGGAUGAGGGCUCUUGCAUCAAAGGAUUGUAUUGUACCGUCAGACGUAACAAAUAUUUUACACGAAGCUGUAAUGUUUCUCAUAAGAUCUAUUAAAUUCUAUAAAUUUCUUGUA